GGUGGGGCCUCGGCCGGCUGAGCCGCCGCUGCCGGCGGUCUAGGGGGACCCGAGGCGCGGGGCCAGGAAGCGCGGGGAUCCCGUGACGGCGCUCGGAGGGGUCGCUCGGCUGUCGGCCUCGGCACUUCCACGUCCCCUCCCUCUCCGCCGGGACGCCCGAGAGCCCCGCGCGCGGCGGGGGCGCGAGGUGGAGCCGGCGGGGGCGGCCAAUGCGAAACUGGCUGGUGCUGCUGUGUCCGUGUGUGCUCGGGGCCGCGCUGCACCUCUGGCUGCGGCUGCGCUCCCCGCCGCCCGCCCGCGCCUCCGAGGCCGGCCCCGCAGAUAAUUCAGCCUUAUCAUCACACUGGAAAGCUAGGCACUAUGAUGUGGUAGUGGGAGUGUUAUCAGCUCGCAAUAACCAUGAACUUCGAAACGUGAUAAGAAGCACCUGGCUGAAGCAUUUGCUGCAACAUCCAGCGUUAAGUCAGCGUGUGCUUGUGAAGUUCAUAAUAGGUGCUCAAGGCUGUGAAGUGCCUGUGGAAGACAGGGAGGACCCUUACUCCUGCAGACUGCUCAACAUCACCAAUCCAGUUUUGAAUCAGGAGAUUGAAGCCUUCAGUCUUCCUGAAGACACUUCAUCAGGACUCCCUGAGGACCGGGUGGUCAGCGUGAGCUUCCGCGUUCUCUACCCCAUCGUGAUUACCAGUCUAGGAGUGUUCUAUGAUGCCAGUGAUGUGGGCUUCCAGAGGAACAUCACCGUCAAGCUCUACCAGGCAGAACAGGAGGAGGCCCUCUUCGUUGCUCGCUUUAGUCCUCCAAGCUGUGGUGUGCAGGUGAAUAAGCUGUGGUACAAGCCUGUGGAACAGUUCAUCUUGCCAGAGAGCUUUGAAGGCACCAUAGUGUGGGAGAGCCAGGACGUGCUGGGCCUGGUGUCACGGAAUCUCCACAGAGUGACGGUGAAUGAUGGCGGAGGAGUGCUCAGAGUCAUCACAGCUGGGGAGGGUGCACUGCCUCGUGAACUCAUGGAAGGUGUGGAGGGAGUCGCAGGUGGUUUUAUUUAUACUAUCCAGGAAGGUGAUGCUCUGUUACGCAGCCUUCAUUCUCGCCCUCGGAGACUCAUUGAUCACCUAAGAAGUCUCCACGAGGAAGAUGCCUUACUGAAGGAGGAGAGCAGCAUCUAUGAUGAUAUCGUUUUUGUGGAUGUAGUCGACACUUACCGGAAUGUUCCCGCAAAACUGCUCAACUUCUAUAGCUGGACUGUGGCCACUGUCAGCUUCGAUUUGUUGCUCAAGACAGAUGAUGACUGCUACGUAGACCUAGAGGCUGUGUUUAACAGAAUCACCCAGAAGAAUCUGGAUGGGCCCAACUUUUGGUGGGGAAAUUUCAGGUUGAACUGGGCCGUUGACCGAACUGGGAAGUGGCAGGAGUUGGAAUACCCAAGUCCUGCCUACCCUGCCUUUGCUUGUGGGUCGGGGUACGUCAUCUCCAGGGACAUUGUCGGCUGGUUGGCAAGCAACGCAGGCUGGUUAAAGACCUAUCAGGGUGAAGAUGUCAGCAUGGGCAUCUGGAUGGCUGCCAUAGGACCCAGAAGGUACCAGGACAGCCUGUGGCUCUGUGAGAAGACCUGCGAGACGGGGAUGUUGUCUUCUCCACAGUAUUCGCCGCAGGAACUGACGGAACUGUGGAAACGGAAGGAGUCGUGUGGUGACCCCUGCCUGUGUGAAGCAAGAUAGCAGUGACUGGAUGCCACCAUGUUGAAAGGUGUGGUAGGCGAAUGCUAUAUGGAGGCUGACGCUGGCUCCUGGUCGGGUGGUAGAAUGUGCAGCCUCUGGGCGGAGUGUGAGCUGGCCCUGUUACCUGUACCCAGUGUGGUAAUUCUUACUGUUUGCAUGGAUGUCCUUGGUAAAAACCAAUGGAUACUGUAGCAUAAAAGAAGUUUUUAAACCAUAUAUUUGAAGAUGCUUAGGAAAAGUACCAAAUUAUUUUAUAAAAAAGAUUUCUAAAUGCAUCAUGGCUAAUUUAGUAAUAAUUAGUAAUGAUUUCCUAUCACUUUUGUUACAACUUGGCCUAGUUCAGAAAAUCUCAGUAUAUACAGAAUUUUAGCAUGAAUGUUAGAGGAGCUUCAAAAAGAUAAUUAUGAACCAAAAAGAAUGCAGCUGCCCUGUGAUCACGGGGUGGUCACAGAAACCAGAGCUGGAGAGAGAGAUGGAAAUACAGUCAGAUUGUGCAGGUCUCUGAAGUACAGUUUGAAUGUGAAAAAGAACCAAUAGCAUUCUAAGUUCUGGCCCUU